UUUUUUGUUCUUUUUAUGUCUUUUUUCUUUUAUUAUUCUUCUAUAAAACAUGUCUUUCCUCUUGGUCUUGGUUGAAUUCCAAGCUGAUUUGCAUUCAUCAAAUGGGUUUAGCUUCUAUCCCCUUCACUCAAUUUAGCUGCAAAAUGUUCUCCAACUCACUUCCGUUGAUCUCUGAAUCAAGAAUUUCAUGCAUUCCUCGUCUGAAUCCAAAAACCAACCACAAAAAUUUAGAUAUUCAUUUACCAUUGUUGUGUCAUCAAGGUUUGAUCCAUGGAAGUAUCCCAACAAGGUACAAAGGUUCAUCAAUGGUGGCAUUGGGUGCCAAAAAUUCAGGAUCAGGAGAGGAAGAUAACAGAGCUUUGGAGACAGUCCUAAAGCUUUACACAGCAAUAGGAAAUAGAAACAUUAGUGAGCUAUCUGAUGUAAUUGCAGAAGAAUGCAGAUGUGUUAGCAACUUCAUCUCCAUCUUCCAAAGUUUCCAUGGAAAGAAGCAAGUAGUGGAUUUCUUCUCUACCUUGAUGAAAUGCUUGGGAAACAACAUUCAGUUUGUGGUGCAACCAACAUUGAAUGAUGGAAUGAAUGUUAGUGUUGCUUGGAGAUUAGAAUGGAACACACCUAAUGUACUUCUGGGAAAGGGCUUCGGCUUCUACACAUGCCAUAUCUACCAAGGGAAGGUAGUGAUAAGGAAUGUUGAGAUGUUCAUGGAACCACUUCUUCACAUUGAACCCCUUCGAUUGAAAAUGAUGGGUGUUGUGCUGACUGUAAUGGACAAGAUUGGUUUGUAUGAUGCAGCCUUCAAUGGCAAGGUAAAGAAGGCAAUAUAUCUCUUGCUAAUACUUCCCCUCAUGACUGCCUUACUCUUCCUCUUUGUAAAGCUCUUUGGUUCUGUUUGAUUAUUGGAAUUAAUAGUGUGAGAAUUAACAAUA